AUGAUCCCGCCAAGUGUUUCCUGUAGAGCCUGCAGUACCGCCUGCAGUAGCCUACAAGCCAUCGUACGAGAUGGGGUCUAUUCAAUCUCCACCAAUCCGAGCACAUACACACCCUCCCUGUUCAACCCCCAACAUGUCCGCUUCUCCUCUCACGCCGCAAGACUCAGACCAGACAGCCGUCUGAGCCUGAAUCUAACCCGCCAAUCCUCCCGCCGAGCCUUCCGCUCAACCCCAACGAACAACUUCGAAAACCCCUCUCCCUCAAAACUCUCCUACCGUGUCGCCGUCUCCUCCUCCGGAAAAGGUCGCCGCUUCCACCCCAUCAAAAAUGCAUACAACUUCGACCCAACCGCAGACGCCCUAGGUGUCUCAAAGGACAAGAACUCUGUCAGCCGCCGCCGCAACCGCCCAGACUCAGGCGAAGACGCCUUCUUCGUAACUCGCAUCGGAAACCGCAUCUCAGAUCACCAAGAGACAAAUGCAGAAGCUGUCGCCUUUGGCGUCGCGGACGGCGUAGGCGGCUGGACAGAAUCCCGCGUCGACCCGGCGGACUUCUCUCACGGCUUGUGCAACUACAUGGCGCACACCGCGCAGACAUGGCACGAGCCCGCUGAGCGCUUGCGCUCUAAAUACCUCAUACAGGCCGGAUACGACCAAGUCGUGGCAGAUUCGACGAUCCGCGCGGGUGGGAGUACGGCAUCUGUUGGUGUCGCGCUGCCGGAUGGACGAGUCGAAUUGGCUAAUUUGGGUGACUCAGGCUCGGUGUUGUUGAGGAGGGCGGCGGUGCAUCAUUACUCGGUUCCGCAGACGCAUGGAUUCAACACCCCGUACCAGCUUAGCGUGAUCCCGCCACGUAUGCGCGCCCAGGCGUCUGUCUUUGGCGGGGCGUUUUUGGAGGAUUUCCCUCGUGAUGCGUCCGUUACGAAUGUGCAGAUGCAGCAUGGGGAUGUGCUCAUCAUUGCUACCGAUGGCGUUUUUGAUAAUCUCAACAAUCAGGAUAUCCUCAAGCUCGUCACGAGCCGUAUGGUUAUGACCGGGGCAUGGACGGCUACGGAGUCUGGCGUUGGAGUCUCAGAGAACCUGCGUGCGCUGGCUGCGCCGGGUGGAUUGGCUGAUGCUCUUCCUACUCCGUCGGGCUCCCCGCUUUCCAAGGACUCAGCUAGUACCGAGCCUGGACCUGAGAAUGCGGUCACGUUGCAGUCUGUUCUCGCGGCGACGAUUGCUGGCGAGGCGAAAAUUGCUAGUCUCGACUAUCGCCGCGAUGGGCCCUUUGCUAAGGAGGCUCAGCGCUACCACCCCGGUGACUAUUACCGCGGCGGGAAAGUUGAUGAUAUCUGCGCUGUCGUUGUUAUCGCUAUCGAUGAUAGCGUUGCUGCAGGUGAGGCAUGA